GAGCAGGGCGGCGGCGCCCGCCCGGGGAAGAUGUCGCUGCCCAUCGGUGUGCCGCGACGAGCCUUCAGCUACGAUGAUGCCCUGGAGGACACGGCGCCCAUGACGCCACCGCCUGCUGACCUGUGUUCGAACGUCCUCUGGAAGCAGCCGGUUAUCCCUGAGCGCAAGUACCAGGAGCUGUCGAGGGUUGAGGAUGGGGAUGCAAACAUGAAUGCACCUUUCAUGACUCCUUCAUCAUCCACUGAAAGUGUGAACAAGGUGCCUGUGGUGAAGGCCAAGGCCACUCACAUCAUCAUGAACUCCCUCAUUACAAAGCAGACCCAGGAGAGCAUCCAGCGCUUCGAGCAGCAGGCAGGGCUGAGGGAGGCUGGGUACACCCCCCACAAAGGCCUCACCACUGAGGAGACCAAGUACCACCGAGUGGCUGAGGCUGUCCAUAACCUAAAAAUGCAGAGUGGAGAGACAACAAAAGAUGACAAACAGAACUCCUCUGCUCAAUCCACUCCAAGUAGCACUCCCCACUCUUCUCCCAAGCAUAAAAACAGGGGCUGGUUUAGUCAGGGAUCCUCUUCUUCUCUUACUGGCUCAGACUUUGCCUUGGAAACUGGUGGGGACAGAUUGCCAUCUGAAAGGUGGAGCUUUUUUGGGCCCAAAACCGUGCAGAAAUACACCAGUGAUCCAGGAGGUUUUACCAUUCAGCCCUACAAGGGUGCCCAGAAGCCAACCCCAAUGGAGCUGAUGCGUGCUCAGGCUACCAGGAUGCCAGAGGAUCCAGUCAGCUUCAAGCCACCCAAAAUGGACAUUCCAGUCACAGAUGGGAGGAACCAAUCUCCACGUUCCCACAACAUCAAGCCUCGGGAUCUGAACGUGCUCACUCCCACUGGCUUCUAGAGGAAUGCUUUGGUGUCUUUAGCAGGCUACAGGG